CAUGCUGUGCUCAUCUCUUCGGCGUGCAGUCCUGGAGCAAGAGACGUUGUAUCGACGCCACUCUGUGUAGCCGGUUAUACAUGUGACGGCCCAGUUCAAAGGCUUGUCGUUGUCUGCGUCUUGUCUUUUUUUCGGCCUUUAAUGGUUGGUUGAUAUUAAGGAACACAGCAGUUUAUGUCCUGUGUCUCAGAAGGGCGACUAUCAAUCGUCAUUUUGAAGUUGAAUGUUGUGUAGGCUAUUAGUUUUACAUAUCGUAGACGUAGUUUGAAUGUAAGUAAAUGGUUUUGGUGAACUAUUGUUAUUGGUGUUUACUAUUGACAACUUGGAACUAGCAACGCACGAGGAUCAGUCCUUCGAUCUGCCGUCAGUCACUGAACCCACAAACACGAGGGACGCUAAAGAUGUUCGAAACAAGGGGGAUUCCAUUCAUAUUGCUUGACAUCGCGUGUUUAAUACUCGCUGGUCUGCCCCUUGCUGCCUUUAACUUGGGCAAAAUCAAGCCCUAUCAGAGAGGUUUUUUCUGUAAUGAUGAAAGCAUCAACUACCCAUUUCACCACAGCACAAUCACCUCCACUGUGCUGUAUACGGUGGGCUUCACUUUGCCCAUUAGUUGUAUGAUCUUUGGAGAGUGCCUUUCAGUCUAUCUAAAACGCAUCAAAUCAAAGUCCUCUUUCAGCAACAGUUAUGUUGCUCGCACUUACAAGGCAGUAGGCACCUUCUUGUUUGGUGCUGCCAUGAGCCAGUCACUAACAGAUAUUGCAAAGUACUCCAUUGGGCGGCUGCGGCCUCACUUCUUGGAUGUGUGUAAGCCAGACUGGAAACUCAUCAACUGCUCAUCAGGGGCCUACAUAGAGAACUUCACCUGCUCUGGGGAUAAGACCAUGGUGAACGAGGCCAGACUCUCCUUCUACUCUGGCCACUCCUCCUUCUCAAUGUACUGUAUGAUGUUCCUGGCACUUUACAUUCAGGCGAGAAUGCAGGCUGAGUGGGCCCGACUCCUGCGGCCCACGAUCCAGUUCUUCCUGAUCGCUGCCUCUGUGUACACGGGCCUGUCUCGCGUCUCCGACUACAAACACCACUGGAGUGAUGUCCUCACUGGCCUCAUACAGGGAGCACUCGUGGCUAUUCUGGUGGUGUUUUUCGUGUCUGAUUUCUUCAAGAAGAGAGUUGAACCUGAGAAAGAAGUGGAGAUCCCACACACCACCUUGCAGGAGACACCCACCAAUGGAAAUCAUUUUGACAGCCCAAACUAAAGUACCACUGAACCACUGUGUGUCGUGCCACCGCUCAGCUGGUGGGAUGAGGUUUUAGGCAUGUGCCCACUAAAGAGGAUGGACCACUGGGGGUGGAAACCCGUGAAUGUAACCCUUGCUUUCUGCUCUCCUGAUCCCGUGUCUAGAAGGGCCUCUCCUUAUGGACGCUGUCCCAUGUUGCCUUGGCUGGACUGCUGCUGCUGCUGCUAUUACAGCUUCCUGUGUAUUCCCCAGAACUAAUAUAAGUGUACCUCUAUACUCAAUGAAACCUUAAUUUUUUUUUUUUUUAUCUGUAUGAAAAAAAAAAAUCACUAUACAGACAUUUUUU